AUGAGUGAGACCUACGUGAAGAGGCUGUCCACCAUCCUGCUGGACGCCAUCACUGACAAGGACCCUCGGGUGCAGGAGCAGGUAUGUGGCGCCCUGUGCACCCUCGGAGGGUCACAGCCAGCGGAGGUGCUCAGCGCCUGUGAGGAGCACCUGCGGCUGCACGAAAAGCUAGCACAUCCAUACCGGACGAUGGUCCUACGGGCAAUGGAGACAGUCGUGAGCAAUCACAUCGGCGAGUUGGACAAGGACAUGGCCAGGGCCAUCAUCCUCCUGGCCUCCAGUGAGAUGACCAAAGUGAAGGAGCUGGUCUCUGAUUGGCAGCAGGCCGCCAGCAGCGUCCUGGUGGCGGUGGGGAGGCGGUUCAUCAGCAGCGUGAUGGAGGAGCUGCUGAGCAAGUUCCAGCCUGGGCUCCUGCCGCAUCCCUGCACCGUGCACACACUCGCCAGCCUCUCCAUCUCCAAUGUGUUUGGCAUGGUGCCCUUCCUGACGUCCGUCCUCAGCACCAUGCUGCCCAUGCUGGGUGCAGCCAAACAUGACUCAAUGAAAGUGGUGUUCUGCUGUGCUCUGCAGCGCUUCAGUGAGAGCACCCUGGAGUACCUGGCCAACCUGGACCAGGCCCCAGACCCCACAGUCAGAAAGGACGCCUUCGCCUCAGACAUCUUUGGUGCUUAUGACAUCCUUUUCCACCAGUGGCUACAGAGCCGGGAAGCGAAGCUGCGGCUCGCAGUGGUGGAGGCCCUGGGGCCCAUGAGCCACCUGCUCCCCAGUGAGAAGCUGGAGGAGCAGCUCCCCAAGCUGCUGCCUGGGGUGCUCACCCUCUACAAGAAGCACGCCGAGACUGUCCACGUGUCCAAGAGCCUCGGCCAGAUCCUGGAGGCAGCCGUGAGCGUGGGCAGCCGCACACUGGACAUCCAGCUCGACUCUCUCCUGGCCGCUCUGCAUGCUCAGAUCUGCGUGCCCGUGGAGUCGUCCAGCCCGCUGGUGACGAGCAACCGGAAGGAGGUGCUGCGUUGCUUCACCGUACUGGCCUGCUCCUCGCCGGACCGCCUGCUGGCCUUCCUGCUGCCCAAGCUGGACACCAGCAACGAGAGGACCCGUGUGGGCACCCUGCAGGUCCUGAGGCACGUCAUCAACACGGCGGCUGCUCAGAUGGCAGUUAAGAAACCCUUCAUUCUCUCCUCCAUGAAGCUCCCUCUUCUGGACACCAACAACAAGGUAAAGCGGGCAGUGGUGCAGGUGGUCAGCGCCAUGGCCCACCACGGCUACCUGGAGCAGCCUGGCGGCAAGGCCAUGGUCGAGUACGUCGUGCAGCAGUGCGCGCUGCCCCCCGAGGCUGAGCCUCAGAAGCCAGGCACUGACAGUGAGGCCCUGGCGGCCGAUAGCGUGCGGGCCAUCAGCGUCAGCACCCUCUACCUGGUCAGCACCACUGUGGACAGGAUGGGUGAGGUCCUCUGGCCGUACCUGCUUGAGUUCCUGGUCCCCGUCCGCUUCACCGGGGCGCUGAGCCCGCUCUGCAGGAGCCUUGUGCACUUGGCCCAGAAGAGGCAGGAGGCGGGGGCCCAUGCCCCCCUCAUCCAGUACAACGGCAACGUGCACCUCCCGUCUCCCUACGCCAUCACCACCAGACUCCUGGCCGUGUCUUCCAAUCCAUAUGUGGGGGAUGGUCGCGGGGCAGCCUCACUGCGCCUCCUGAGUGUCUUGCAUCAGGACAUCCACCCGGCCCUGGGUCAGCGGUGGGCGACUGCCAUCCCCCUGCUGCUGGAGCACCUGGACGAAUACAGUGAAGAAACCCUGUCACAGAAGGAGUGGGAAGAAAAGCUGCUGAUGUUUCUCCGGGACUCCCUGGCUGUCGUGUCCGACAACACCUGGGUCUGCCAGCUGACCCUGGAAAUGUGCAAGCAGCUACCCAACUACAACGGGACGCCCCUGGAGAAGAACUUCCUGUACAAAUGUGUCGGGACCACCCUGGGUGCCGCUUCAAGUAAGGAGGUGGUGAGGAAGCACCUGCAGGAGCUGCUGGAGACGGCCAGAUACCAGGAGGAGAGGGAGCGUGAGGGCCUUGCCUGUUGCUUUGGGAUCUGUGCCACCUCCCACCUGGAUGACACCCUGGCCCAGCUGGAAGACUUUGUGAAGUCAGACAUGCUCAGAAAAUCUGCCGGCAUUUUCAACAUUUUUAAGGAUCGGAGCGAGAGCGAGGCCGACAAAGUGAGGAGUGCACUGAUCCUGUGCUACGGGCAUGUGGCGGCCCGGGCCCCGCGUGAGCUGCUGCUGGCCAGGGUGGAGGCGGACGUGUUCCGGAACAUGUCCCAGUGCUUCAGCACCAAGGUUCUGGGGAUAAAAGUAGAGACCAAGGACCCAGCCCUGAGACUGAGCCUGGUGCAGAGCGUGUGCAUGGCCACCCAGGCCGUCUGCAGCAGCGCCCAUGGUGGCUCCUUCCACCUCUCGAGGAAGGCCGAGCUGGUGGCGCAGAUGGUGGAGUUCAUCAAAGCAGAGCCCCCAGACUCGCUGAGGACGCCCAUUCGGAAGAAGGCUAUGCUCGCCUGCACGUAUCUGGUUACCCUGGAGCCAGCCCUGGAGGAGCAGGUGCAGGCGGACCUGAUUCACAGCUGCCUGCACAGUGUCAUGGCCAUGCUGCCUGAGCCAGAGGAGGGGGACAGCCACCAGGAGUCCCUGUACCUGGACACCAUGCAGGCCCUCAAGGACUUGCUGACGAGCCUCCUUCAGCGGAACAUGACGCCUCAGGGUCUGCAGGUCAUGGUGGAGCACCUGAACCCAUGGAUCAAGUCCCCGAGGGGCCACGAACGGGUGCGGGCACUCGGCCUGAGUGCCUGCCUGCUGCAGUUCUUCCUAGAACACCUGCAGAUCAGUGCCCUGGUGCCCUUCCACAACCUGGGCCUCCUUGUUGGCCUCUUCUCCCCACGGUGCGCUGACCUCUGGCCUGCCACUCGCCGAGAGGCUGUGAACUGCGUCCACUCCCUGCUGUACCUGCAGCUGGGCUACGAGGGCUUCUCGCGAGACUACCGGGAUGACGUGGCUGAGCAGCUCCUCAGCCUCAAGGAUGGCCUGGCGCACCCUGACCCCACCAUUCUCUUCCACACCUGCCACAGCAUUGCCCAGAUUAUUGCCAAGCGCCUCCCGCCAGAUCAGCUCAUCAGCCUCUUGCUAACCUUGUUUGAGGGCCUGGGAGAUCCCGACAAGAACUGCUCUCGAGCCGCCACUGUCAUGAUCAACUGCCUGCUCAAGGAGCGGGGCAACAUGCUGCAGGAGAAGGUGCCGGAGAUUGUGAGCGUGCUGCGCUCCAAGCUGCAGGAGACCCGAGAGGAGCACGUCCUACAGGCCGCACAGCACAGCGUGUUUGUCCUGGCCACCCACCACCACGCUGCUGUGGUGUCCAGUCUUCUGGGCAGCCCCCUGCCCUUUGACAGCCACACCUGCACCCUGUGGCGAGCACUGGCCUUGGAGCCCGGCCUCGCCGCACAGGUCCUGGGGCUGCUCCUGGAGAAGAUAAGCAGGGACGUCCCGUUCAAGGAGAGCCGGGCCUUCCUGCUGAGUAGCACGCCGGACCGCGUGGCCACCCUGCUGCCCCUCGCAGCCACCUGUGCACUGCACGAGGUCGCAUCUGCCCUGGCGUCUGGGCCAGCGGUGCUGGAGCUCUAUCCCCAGCUGUUUGCGGCACUGCUGCUGCGGGUCAGCUGCACCAUGGGUGUCCAGCCACCCCGGCACCUGCAGGCCAAGGAGAGGAGGAGCGCCAGCUCAGGCCUGGCCUCGCGGAGCCUUGAGCCUUGCAGCUCUGCGGUGGACGCGCUGCAGGCCGUGCUUGUCCGUGGUGGCAACGAGGACGUGGUGCAGCACAUGGAACUGAAUGGGGGCUGGCAGCUGCUCAAGACCUCAGCUGGGCACGAGGAGGGCGUUACCCAGCUGGCCAGUGCCAUGGCAAAGUUUGCGGGUCCCCGGCUUCCCCUGGUGAUGAAGGUGCUCUUCGCUACACAGAGCAGCGUGUAUGAGGUCCAGAGGGUCACCUCCACAGCCUUCCUGGCUGAGCUGCUCAGCAGCAACGUGGUGAACGACCUGAUGCUUCUGGAGUCGCUGCUGGACAACCUGACAGCACGGCAGAAGGACACGAGUGCCCGCGUGCGGAGGUUGGUGCUCCGUGGGCUGGCCAACGUGGCCUCGGGCUCCCCAGAGAAGGUACAGACCCACGGCCCCCAACUCCUGACAGCCAUGAUCAGUGGGCUGGAUGAUGGGGACGACCCACACAGCCUGGUGGCGCUGGAGGCCAUGGUGGGCCUGGCAAGGCUGCUGGACCUAGUGGAUGCCUGGGACCUGCGCGCGGUGCUGCUGCACAUUGCUGUCCGCAUUCGGCCCUUCUUCGACAGCGAAAGGAUGGAGUUCCGCUCGGCGUCCAUCCACCUCUUUGGGCACCUCAACAAGGCCUGCCGUGGGGACUGCGAGGAUGUCUUCCUGGAGCAGGUUGUGGGCGGUCUGGCACCCCUUCUGUUGCACCUGCAGGACCCCCAGGCCCCCGUGGUCGCGGCCUGCAGGUUCGCCUUGCGCAUGUGCGGCCCCAACCUGGAGUGUGAGGAGCUGGCAGCCGUCUUCCAGAAGCAUCUGCAGGAAGGCCACGGCCUGCACUUUGGAGAGUUCCUCAACACCACCUGCAAGCACCUGAUGCGCCACUUCCCCGACUUGCUGGGCCGCUUGCUGAGCACCAGUCUGUUCUACUUCAAGAGCAGCUGGGAGGACGUCCGUGCUGCCGCCUCCAUGCUCACAGGGUUCUUGGUGCUGCACGUGGAGGCUGAGCAGCGGCCGCAGGUGGACCUGGAGCAGCUUCUCGCGGCCCUCCAGCUGCUGCUCAAGGACCCAGCCCCCCAGGUGCGUGCUAAGGCUGCGGAGACUCUGGGCCGCCUGGUGAAGUUCGCCUGA